AUGUUGGUUUUGCUCUCCAUGCCUCAUGCCACUCAUGCUGAGCCUAAAAACCAUCUGAAAGCAUGCAAAAAUUAUCUUCAUAUCGCUUGCUUGGCAAUUUGGGCAAAGGCUCCCACUGCACAGACGCAACAUCCAUUCUCAUCCCCGCACCAACUCAUUACCCGCCAAGCCUCACCCGCUCUCCCGACGCACCUCCCCACCCCUAAUUGA